AUGGUAGAUUUAAAAAAAAGAGCCUUUUGGCAUUUUACAUUUAAAGACAUAUUAGCUAUUCUAUGCUCAGCUGCCAUACCCAUAGCUCUUGCUACCUAUACUGCAAUUGGGUCUCAACAACAAAAACAACAAGCUGAAAAAACACGACAGUUUGAUUUGGAACAAUCAAGAGAAUUAAGACAACAAACACUUUAUGAUGAAUUUAUAAAUUAUAUUUUUAAAUUGGAUAAUUAUGGUUAUCUGAAGGAGAGAAAAAAUCCAUGGGCAUUUGCAAAUGCAUAUUAUCGUGCUGCUCAUCGCCAAUGGGACACAAUACGUAAAGCAGAUGUUAUACAAUUUCUUAAAGAAAAACAUUUAAUUGGUAGAAAUAAUUGUACUAAUGGAUGUAGAACAACAAAAUUAGACGAUAUAAUUCGUUUGAAUAAGUUAAACUUUGAUAAUGUAUAUCUAGCAAGUGAAAUUGGUGCAUUACAUCAAUUGGAUUUAGAAUGUGUUUCUUUUCAUCAGAUAUCAAUGUCAAAUGGGAAGUUUUCAUCUGUUAGUUUAAAUGGUGUGUCAUUUGAUGGAGCACAGUUAGAUAAGGUGAUAUUUAAUAGUUCAUCUUUAGUUUGUGCUAGUUUUAAUGGUGUAAAUCUGUCGGGAGCAGAUUUUAGAAACUCAAAUUUGACAGGUGCGCAGUUUUCAAACAGUGAUUUGUCAGGAGCUAAAAUAACGGAAGAUCAAAUAAACCAGGCAUCGUUUGAUAAUGUAAUUAUGCCAACCGGAGAAAAGAGUGAAAUUAAAUCGUCAACGAUAACAAAAAAACCUAUGACACAAACAACAGCAAUAAUAAAAACAAAAAUGUCGAGAACAACAUCAUCAUCAUCAUCAUCGUCAACAACAUCGAUAAUAACGCCAUCAACAACAACAACAACAACAUCCUCAAUGACUUCACAAACAACGUCAACAACAACAACAUCCUCAAUCGCUUCACCAACAACGUCAACAACAACGUCAACAACAACAACAACAUCUUCAGCAACUUCAUCAACAACGUCGUCAUCAUCAACAACAUCAUCGUCAACAACAACAACAGCCGGUCAGUAUUGUAUGCAAGAGAAAAAAAAGCGAGAGUCUAGGAGUGCGUACUCCAUCGGUAUCUCACCAUGUUUUAAUUAUGUUUUAUUUUUACUGAGCAGUACUAGAAUCUCGCUUUUCCCCUUAGUAGAUAUAAAAGUUUCAGUUUCUGUUAAGAAAGUAUUGUUCAUUUAGUUGAAUAAUUUUGAAGAACGUUCUCUAUCCAUAAAUAUUAUGAACAAACCUCCGAUAGUUAACUUUUUUUGUGCUCCACUAUUAAAACUUUCGAUAAUAUUAGAAUUAAAGAUUACUAAAUUAAAAUUCAUUAUGGAUAUCAUUUUUAUCCGUAGUCGUCGUGCUUAUCUGUCUUUUUCCUAUCGUCAUUACAAAUAACCCAUAGUAUAAACAUAUUUUCUACAACUAAUGAGGCCUUCUUAUGUGUUGAAGUUAAGACUUAAUGAACAUCCAUAUUAGAGUUUAUUUGUUGUGUUGCACUCUAUAGUUGUAGAUUUUGUAAAGAAAACGUUCGACUGAUCAUUUAAUUUGGAGUGUAUCGUAAAUGAAUUUCUGUUUCAAUUACGAAGAAGAUUAAUCUUCUAACUGGAUAUAGAAAUAAACAGCCGUCUUUAUUAUAUCUUCGUGAGAUGGUUAGGUUAAUGAAUAAAGAUGAGAACAGUGAUAGACUAACUAUAUGAAUUGUAGUUUUUGGAUAACUGACUAAUAACCGAUUAGCAAUCCAAUCAGAUCUGUUGAGAACUUAUGUCAGUUUGUAUGUAAUUGUUUUUACUUUUUGAAUUCAUUAGAUACCGUUUGUAAAGAGAUAGUUUAAUAAUCUACAAAACUUUUAUAAUUCUCUUGUUACUUAAAUGAUCAAAAAUAUUUGAAAGAA